AUGGACACCUUUGACAGCGAUGGAUGCAAGCCGAUACACUACGCCGUCAUGCGUGGGCACGAGGCCAUUGUGCGCUAUCUCGUAAAUGAGGCGCCUUUUAAUAAAGACGCUACAUGUAUGAACUACCAGGGCGAUACGACGCUGCACUUGGCCGUUAACGAAGGGCAAGAGACCAUCGUACGCUAUCUCGUUGGCGAGGCGGGCGCUAAUAAGGAGGCUAAAGAUAAGGAUGGCCGCACGCCGCUACAUCCAGCUGCUGCAUAUGGCAAUGAGGCCGUCGUGCGCUAUCUCGUUGGUGAGGCAGGCGCUAAUAAGGAGGCUAGAGAUGGCUUUAAUCGUACGCCGCUACACUGGGCCGCUUAUGAAGGGAAUGAAGCCACCUUGCGUUAUUUCGUUGGUGAGGCGGGUGUUGAUAUAGAGGCUAAAGACUGUGAACAACAAACACCGCUAUACUUGGCCGCGUUUGAAGACCAUGAAGCCAUCGUGCGCUAUCUCGUCGGUGAGGCGGGUGCUGAUCUACAGGCUAGAGACUAUACACAACAAACGCCGCUACACUGGGCCACGAAAGGCAGAAAUGAGGCCAUCGUGCGGUAUUUUAUCGAGGCGGGUGCUGAUAUAGAGGCUCAAGACCGUAAUCAACAAACGCCGCUACACUUAGCCGCUUGGGAAGGGGAUGAAGCCAUCGUGUGGUAUCUUGUCGGCGAGGCAGGCGCUAAUAAGGAGGCUAGGGACUAUUUGAACAAAACACCAGCACAGCUUGCCGUUGAAAGAGGCCAUGAGGCUGUUGAAUUGCUUCUUGCUGAGAGCAACAAGAACCCCAACCGCUUGGAAGCAAAAAGGGUCUUAUCGACUUCGAGAAAUGUCCUGGUGAAGGGACAGUUCCUUGCUAGCCUAAGACGAGGUUACUCGGUGCACCCUGUUGGAUAA